AUGGCCUCAACCGACCAAUUGCACGUCAGCAACCUCUUCAACUACAAAGAUGCCGUCUGCCUCGUUACAGGAGGAGGCACUGGUAUCGGCUUGAUGGCCACACAGGCACUGGCUGCCAACGGAGCCAAAGUCUACAUCACCGGCAGACGCAUGGAAGUCCUCGAAAACGCCGCCAAAACCCAUUCGCCAUCCUCCACCGACACUUCACUCAACGGCAGCAUAAUCCCCAUCGGUCCCUGCGACGUAACCUCGAAAUCCGACCUUGAAUCCCUCGUUUCCCAGAUCGAAGCUAAGGAAUCCCACCUGACCCUCCUCGUCGCCGCUGCCGGCAUCUCUGGCCCCAAAGGUCCCGCAGACACCACUGACGCUAAGGAGCUGAAGUCAAAACUCUGGGAAGAAUCCGUCGACGAGUGGAACCAGACGUACAACGCCGACGUGACUUCAGUGUACUUCAGCACAGUCGCUUUCCUGCCUUUACUCCAGAAGGGCUAUCAGCAAGGCCUGCCCUCAUCGGUGAUAGUGAUCAGCAGUAUGAGCGGCGUUAUGCGCCACUCCCAAGGGCAUUUCGCGUAUAACGCGGCUAAAGCCGCCACGGCGCAUCUCUCGCAGAUGAUGAGUAAGGAGUUUGCGAAGACUGGUGUCAGGGUGAACAGUAUCGCGCCGGGGUAUUUUCCGAGUGAGAUGACGAUGAAGGAGAGCGAUGAGCGGAAUAAGGCGGAGAUGCCGGAUGAGAAGGUCAAGGAUAAGGGCCAUGAGGUGCCGGCUGGUAGAGCGGGAAGGGAUGAGGAGAUGGGUAUGUUGGUGCUGUUCUUAGGGAGCUGUGGGUAUGUCAAUGGGGAGGUGGUGAAGAUUGAUGGUGGGGUUAUGAAUGAGGUUGGUGGCGGCUAA